CAUCACUCUCUUUCAUCGCCUCCAACUUCAGACUAUCAUUCACCAUGCGUACUCAGAUCCUCGCCAGCGCCCUGGUUACCGGGGCCAUGGCCUCCCGGCCCUUCCUCAACUCGCCUGAUACCGGCAUCGAGGCGGUCCUCGGCAGCACUGCCGGCCUUCCCGCACUCGCCGACAUCAUGGGCCUUCCCGACUUUGACUGGGCUGCCGAGCACUCCCUCCCCGACAAGAACUACACCUACUACCGCAACGGUGCUGGUGGCGAGUACUCGUACCGCAACAACCUCGAGGUGUUCCACCGCUACCACUUCAAGCCUAGAGUUCUGGCUGGUGUCUCUCAGCUCAAGACGACUCUUGCCACUACUAUGCUUGGCCACAACGUCUCGGCCCCCUUCUUCAUUAGCCCCUGUGCUCGCGCCGAGUACGGAAGCCCUGAGGCUGAGUACGGCCUGGUCAAGGGUGCUGCUGAGGGUGACAUCAUCUACAUCCCCUCCCACUAUGCCUACCUCUCCAUUGAGCAGAUCCACGCCGCCAAGGCCGAGGGCCAGGUCGUGUUCCAGCAGCUGUACCUGACCUCCAACGACACUGUGACCCAGCGGGAGAUUGACCGCAGCGAGAAGGCUGGUGCCGAUGCCCUCGUCUUCACCGUCGACUCUGCUGCCGGCUCCAUCCGCCACCGUGCUGGCCGCUACGGUGUUGGUUCCGCCAACUCUGCUUUCUCCACCUUCACUUGGGACUACUACAAGAAGCUCCAGAAGAUGACUUCUCUCCCCGUCAUCCUCAAGGGUAUUGGCAGCGUCGAGGAUGCUAAGCUCGCUGUCAAGUACGGUGCCCCCGCCAUCAUUCUCUCCAACCACGGUGGCCGUCAGCUCGACGACAGCCCUUCUGCUCUCGAGGUUGCCCUUGAGAUCUACCAGGAGGCUCCCCAGGUCUUCAGCAAGCUCGAGGUCUACGCCGACGGUGGUGUCCGCUACGGCGGAGAUGUCCUGAAGCUUCUCGCCCUCGGUGUCAAGGCUGUCGGUCUCGGCCGCCCCUUUAUGUUCGCCAACGUCUACGGCACCGAGGGUGUUGCCAGGGCCAUUGAGAUUCUCAAGAACGAGAUCGCUGUCGAUGCUGGUAACCUGGGUGUUGCUGACCUGAAGAAGAUCAACGCCAAGUUUGUCAACUGGAAGCCCAACAACUGGUACUCCUAAAUGACGAAAGAUUUCUGGCUGUAAAAGCUAGAAAGUUUGUAUAUAGUUGCUUUGCCUAUCCAUACAUUAUUUGAAC